CCGGCCUCCCUCUCCCCGCCUCCUCCUCCUCCCCUCUCUCCCCGGCUCCGCCUCCGCCCUCCCGGCUCUCCCCCGGCCCCCCUCCUCCCUCUCCAGCCGACUCCCCCUCCCCCGUGUCCCUCCCCCCUCCUCCUCGCCUCUCCUCCUUCUAUCCCCUCUCCCUCCCCUCCUCCCUAGCUCUCCCUCUCAGUCUCCAGCUCUUCUCCCUCUUCCUCUCACUCUCUCUCCCUCUGUCUCUCUCUCUAUCGGGCGGAGUCGCCCACCACUGCCAAUCCAGUGCUGGGGGAACCUGCUCUAGGCUGUAGCCGCAGGACCCUGCCCCCCUCCAUGGCUCCCCUGGCCUUGGUGGGGUUUGCACUCCUCCUGGGGACUCCGCCAUGCUCAGGGGCGGCCACCCCGACCCCCUCCCUGCCACCUCCCCCAGCCAAUGACAGCGAUGCCAGCAGUACAGGGGGCUGCCAGGGCUCCAACCGCUGCCAGCCAGGGGUCCUGCUGCCCGUCUGGGAGCCCGAUGACCCGUCGCUGGGGGAUAAGGCAGCCCGGGCCGUGGUCUACUUUGUGGCCAUGGUCUACAUGUUCCUGGGUGUGUCCAUCAUCGCCGACCGCUUCAUGGCCUCCAUCGAGGUCAUCACGUCCAAGGAGAAGGAGAUCACCAUCACCAAGGCCAACGGCGAGACCAGCGUGGGCACCGUCCGCAUCUGGAACGAGACAGUGUCCAACCUCACCCUCAUGGCCCUCGGCUCCUCAGCCCCAGAGAUCCUGCUGUCCGUCAUUGAGGUCUGCGGCCACAACUUCCAGGCGGGCGAGCUGGGCCCGGGCACCAUCGUGGGCAGCGCUGCCUUCAACAUGUUUGUGGUCAUCGCUGUGUGCAUCUAUGUCAUCCCAGCCGGCGAGAGCCGCAAGAUCAAGCACCUGAGGGUCUUCUUUGUCACCGCCUCUUGGAGCAUCUUUGCUUACGUCUGGCUUUAUCUCAUCCUGGCUGUCUUCUCCCCAGGUGUGGUCCAGGUGUGGGAGGCGCUGCUGACCCUCGUCUUCUUCCCGGUGUGCGUGGUGUUCGCCUGGAUGGCCGACAAGCGGCUGCUCUUCUACAAGUACGUGUACAAGCGCUACCGCACCGACCCGCGCAGCGGCAUCAUCAUCGGCGCCGAGGGCGACCCCCCCAAGAGCAUCGAGCUGGACGGCACGUUCGUGGGCGCCGAGGCGCCGGGCGAGGUGGGCGGCCUGGGCCCGGGCCCCGCCGAGGCCCGCGAGCUGGACGCUAGCCGCCGCGAGGUCAUCCAGAUCCUCAAGGACCUGAAGCAGAAGCACCCGGACAAGGAGCUGGAGCAGCUGGUGGGCAUUGCCAACUACUACGCGCUGCUCCACCAGCAGAAGAGCCGCGCCUUCUACCGCAUCCAGGCCACGCGGCUGAUGACCGGCGCGGGCAACGUGCUGCGGCGACACGCGGUGGACGCCUCGCGCAGGGCCACCCCGGCCGACGGCCCCGGCGAGGACGAGGACGACGGCGCCAGCCGCAUCUUCUUCGAGCCCAGCCUCUACCACUGCCUGGAGAACUGCGGCUCCGUGCUGCUGUCGGUCACCUGCCAGGGCGGCGAGGGCAACAGCACCUUCUACGUGGACUACCGCACGGAGGACGGCUCCGCCAAGGCCGGCUCGGACUACGAGUACAGCGAGGGCACGCUGGUGUUCAAGCCGGGCGAGACGCAGAAGGAGCUGCGGAUCGGCAUCAUCGACGACGACAUCUUCGAGGAGGACGAGCACUUCUUCGUGCGGCUGCUGAACCUGCGCGUGGGCGACGCGCAGGGCAUGUUCGAGCCCGACGGCGGCGGGCGGCCCAAGGGGCGGCUGGUGUCGCCGCUGCUGGCCACCGUCACCAUCCUGGACGACGACCACGCGGGCAUCUUCUCCUUCCAGGACCGCCUGCUGCACGUGAGCGAGUGCAUGGGCACCGUGGACGUGCGCGUCGUGCGCAGCUCGGGCGCGCGCGGCACGGUGCGCCUCCCCUACCGCACGGUGGACGGCACGGCGCGCGGCGGCGGCGUGCACUACGAGGACGCGUGCGGCGAGCUCGAGUUCGGCGACGACGAGACCAUGAAAACUCUUCAGGUGAAGAUAGUUGAUGACGAGGAAUAUGAGAAAAAGGAUAAUUUCUUCAUCGAGCUGGGCCAGCCACAGUGGCUUAAACGAGGGAUUUCAGCUCUGCUACUCAACCAAGGGGACGGGGACAGGAAACUGACGGCUGAGGAGGAAGAGGCUCGCAGGAUAGCAGAAAUGGGCAAGCCAGUUCUCGGGGAAAACUGUCGACUGGAAGUCAUCAUUGAGGAGUCAUAUGAUUUUAAGAAUACGGUGGAUAAACUCAUCAAGAAAACGAACUUGGCUUUGGUGAUUGGGACUCAUUCGUGGAGAGAGCAGUUUUUAGAGGCAAUUACGGUGAGCGCAGGGGACGAGGAGGAGGAGGAGGACGGGUCCCGGGAGGAGCGGCUGCCGUCGUGCUUUGACUACGUCAUGCACUUCCUGACGGUGUUCUGGAAGGUUCUGUUUGCCUGCGUGCCCCCCACCGAGUACUGCCAUGGCUGGGCCUGCUUCGGUGUCUGCAUCCUGGUCAUCGGGCUGCUCACCGCCCUCAUCGGGGACCUCGCUUCCCACUUCGGCUGCACCGUUGGCCUCAAGGACUCUGUCAAUGCUGUUGUCUUCGUGGCCCUGGGCACCUCCAUCCCCGACACGUUCGCCAGCAAGGUGGCGGCGCUGCAGGACCAGUGCGCCGACGCGUCCAUCGGCAACGUGACGGGCUCCAACGCGGUGAACGUGUUCCUGGGCCUGGGCGUGGCCUGGUCGGUGGCCGCCGUGUACUGGGCGGUGCAGGGCCGCCCCUUCGAGGUGCGCACUGGCACGCUGGCCUUCUCCGUCACGCUCUUCACCGUCUUCGCCUUCGUGGGCAUCGCCGUGCUGCUCUACCGCCGCCGGCCGCACAUCGGCGGCGAGCUGGGCGGCCCGCGGGGCCCCAAGCUCGCCACCACCGCGCUCUUCCUGGGCCUCUGGUUCCUCUACAUCCUCUUCGCCAGCCUCGAGGCUUACUGCCACAUCCGGGGCUUCUAGGGGCCUCCGCAGGGACUCGGCCUCCAGCCUCGAGACCGCUGCAUCCGUGCUGGGCUGCAUCUCCCUGGUCCUCCGGAGACGCAACCUCCUCUCCGGGGACUCGGCCCCCCGUCCCCCAGGGACGCGAUCGCCGCCCCCCGCCCGCCACUGCCCGCACCCCGUCCUCCGUCCCCACUAACAGCCUUCACUCUUCCCCUGCGGAGCCUCCCCAGGUCCUCCUGCAAAGAACAGCUCCUCCAGUUACCUGCAGCUCCUGCCCAUCCCUGUUAGUUACUGGCUAUGUUCCUGGAGGCCCCUCCCCCGAGAACCCUCCCCCAUCUGUGACCCUCUCCAUCUCUCCCUUGAGACUGCCAGCCUUGCUCUAUCCCAUAAGUCCCCGAGCCUCAAGAGGAACACCCCCACCUCCUUCCAGGAACCUGUGCCCCAGGACCUCAGAACUUAGCCCUCCCUGAGGGGCCCUUGACGGAGGCCUAGCCAUCCUAGGAUGUCACGGAUCUCAGGCCUUCCCCCAACCCUCAGGGAGCUUCGUCGGCCUGGGGGGUAGGGGGACAGGUGGGUGCGUGCAUGGGGGAGGGGACACACCUCCCUCCUCCCCCACCUCCGAUUUCUCCACUCAGGCCCUUGGGAGGACGCUAAUUCUCUAAUUCUCGAGGCUUGGAGAAGGGAGGGAAGGGGAGACGUUUGGGGUUUCAGAGCUGGAGGAGGCGCACUUUGGACCUGUCACUUCUCACAUUCCAGAGCCCCCACUUGCCUCCACUACCUCUGAGAGCCCAGCCAUGCCUUGGAGGGGAGGGGGCCUGUGUGUGUAUAUAGUGUGUUUGGGGGAGGGGGGAUGCGGGAGGGUGCAUGACUUGGGGAAAGUGGGGGAUGACAGACUUUUCUUUUGAGAGGGCAGCAGACACCCCCAGCCGUGAGAAGCGGCUUUGGGGAGGAGGCCGGGGAUCCACGGGAGUAUAGCCAAUCUCCCCCGACAAUCUAGAAGGCUCAAUUUGCCCUCAGUGCCAGCCAAUUCGGGCAGGACCCUCGAAGAGGAGACCGAGGGUCCCAGAGGACCAAUGCUACAAGCCAGCAAAUGCUGCCACAUCUCUGCCUGAUGGGGAGCGGGGGUGGGUGGGAGGGCGGGGCGGGGGGCGGGGUCUGCGCGGGCGCUUUUAGCCUUGGAGGCCGCCUAUCUGUUGGCUGGCCAUGUACAUUUCCUUACUGUUGAUGCUUCCUGCCCAAAGGACAUACUUGGGGUCUGAGGAGUGCUGCCUACUGCUUGGGACCCUGAGGAUGACCCUGCAACCCCCAUAACACCCUGCUUCCCACCGGUGUUUAGCGUCCUAUCCUCCUGUUGUGCAUCACCCCCAACAUUCCAGACCUGUUGCCUACUCCCUUCUCUACACCCAGCUCAUCAGCACUAGUCGCUGUCUCUGUGAUUUCUGUAAAAGUUGCCAUAAAACUGAAAUUUUGCCUGGAAAAACGGCCUCCCCGUGGGAGGUUGGAAUUCACGACGAGAGAGCUAAUGAAGUCUUUAAGAUUUGGGCAACUGGAAAAUACACGAAGUAACCUGGGUUUUUCCAUGUUCCCAGCAUCCUCUGCAGGACACGCCCGCUUGCACCAGCCACUCUGAAGGUCCGCCCAGAGCUUCCCUUCGCCACGCCCCCACUUAUUACCCGGGAGCUUCACUAGCCACGCCCCCAUCCGUCACCUAAGAGCUUCCCUGGCCACGCCCCCUCCACAAGGAGCCUCCCUGGCCACGCCCCCACCCAUCACCCAAGCGCUUCCCUGGCCACGGCCCCACGCCACCCAGAAACUUUCCCUAGCCACGCCCCCAUUCCCUCCGCCGCAAACUUCUAUGUCAUCGGGUAUCCUGGGAACACAAAAGAGGAUCCUGCGUUGCCUGAGGAAGAGAGCUGGGGUUGAUGGGUUUCCUAAAGAAAUCAGGUAACUUUCUCAGAGAAUUUGUGUGUGUGUGUGUGUGUGUGUGUGUGUGUGUGUCCUGAUCAAGGGCACGGCCUGUUUAAAAGUGUCCAGCCUCGUGAGUUAAUGACUGGUUGUCUUGCAAGUGGUUGAAUCCUACAGGCAAGAAUGGAGUGUCGACACGUGGGGAGUGGAUCUGGGAGGGAGGGACUGGACAGUGUGAAGAAUUUCCAGCCCGGAGAGUGAGGGCUUGGAGAGCCAAGUGGGGAUAAGUACAAAGGACAGGCUUAGAGGAUUCAGGUGAGUUCAUGCCGAACGUGAGAUGCCUGUGAGACAUCUAGAGUGUGAAGAGACGUGGGGGAGGGUGCGGGGGGACACCUUGAGCUCAGCCCAGGGAGCUGCACCUGAGAGAGAUUCAGGAUUUGUUGGCAAGGAGGUGUCACCAAGCCACCGGAGGGGGUGGGGCUGCCCUGGGGCCUGGGUAGCAGGAGAAGAAAGCAGUGGCCUUGAGGACCCCUAACAUCUAAGGGCCACAUGGAAGGUGGGAGACCUGUCGAGGAGAAGAAGACAGAGAAGUUGAUGGGAAACCAAGUUCCUGGGUGGCGUGGGGCCAUGGCCAGGGAAGCGCUUGGGUGAUGCCAAGAGCAGUUUCUAGAAUGAGGGCAUGGUCAGCAGGACCCAAGGCCGUGAAGAAGUGGAGGAAGAUGAGAGCUUAGAGGCUUCCCUUGGGUUUAGAGCUUGAUGUAAGCAGUUGAGGGGAGAAUGUGGGAGCAGAAGUCAGACUGAAGUAGAGUGAGGAGUGGGUAGAAGGUGGGGAAGCUGACUCAGAGCAUGUAGAUCAGAGUUGGGAGAAUCUUGAGAGAGAGUUUCUAGAGGGAGUUAUGGGCCUGAGAGGGCUUUUCCUACAAGGUGGGAAGAGGAGUGGGGCAAGAGGGCACAGAAGGCAAGGGGUCUGAAGCUGGUGAGAACAGUGCCAACAGCGGCGGGCACUAAGGAGGGCCAUGAUGCUGGCACUGUGCUGGGCUCAGCCUUACGUGGUCUGCCAUCAGUCCUGAGUCAGUUCCUUCUACUGAGGCAACUGAGGCUCAGAGAGAGGAAGCAACUUGCCCACAGUCCCACAGCGAGGACGGGCAGAGAUGACGUCCAGGGUGCAGAGCGGGAGCAGGACACCUCUAAUUCUACCAGACGUGAACCAGGACAGUGGGGACAGAGGCAGGGAAAGGUGUGAGCCUGGGGACAGGAAAAGGAGUGAGGUCUCUGCUUCAAACAGGGGCGUUUCCGGGGCUUGGGAUGUGACAAAAGAGCAUCACAGAUGCCAGUUCACCCCACCAGCAACGCCAUGUUCCUCGCCUGGAUACAAGGGGUUCCCAGGGGCAGCUUGGGAGCGGUUUGAAUUCUUUGUCAUAGGAAAUGAGAGAGCAUAAUGCUUUACUGUCUCAGUUCCUUCAUCUGGAAAAUGGGGAUAAUAGAAUAAUAAGAUGGGGCUUCCCUGGUGGCUCAGAUGGUAAAGAAUCUGCACGC